AUGAUUCUAGAGAUAUUAUUUGGUAUUAUCAUUUGGUUAACAUUUAUUUAUUUUAAAUCAUCUCUAUUUGGUGGUAAAAAUAAUGAUUAUAAAGUACCAAAUGGACCAUCAUUUAUAGUUUGGUUUAUAAACUAUUUAUAUAAUUAUUAUUAUCCUUCUUCUUCUUCUUCUACUUCUACUUCUAUUUCUUCAUCUUCUUCUUAUUCUUCAUCAUUCUCAGAACAAUCAAGUGAAAGAACAAUAUUAAAAUGGUUUAGAGAUUAUAAUCAAGAUAGUUAUAGUUCAUCAUUUUUUGGUAGAGCAAUGAUCUUUACAAAGAAUGCAGAGAUUUGUAAGAGUGUAUUGACUGCUCCUGUUGGUGAUUAUGAGAAACCACCUGAUAGUUCGGGUGUUUUGAUACGAUUGGCUAGGAAUAGUAUUCUAAUGACUGAAGGAAAGCAAUGGCAAAAACAAAGAGAUAUUAUUGCCUGUGCAUUCUCAAAUACAAAAGUUCGAUCAAUGGAAUCUACAAUGCAAUCAUUUACUCUUGAAACUAUUCAUACAUUAAAACAAAAAGAAGGAAAAGAAGGUCAAAAAAUGACAAUAGAUAUACAUCAAUUAAUGACAACUUUAACAUUUGAUAUUAUUGGUAUUCUGUCAAUCGGUCAAAAGUUUAGUGAUCAUGGUACAACUUCAACAAACUUUCAUUUUAUACUUGAUGAAAUGAUUAGACCCAUUAGAAGAUUAUCUUCUUAUAUUCCUCUACCAAGUGAUAAAGCUUUAAAUCUUUCAAUCAAACAAUUAGAAUUAAUUAUUCAAAAUGAAAUUGAUAAAUCAAAUAAUAAUAAUAAUAAUAAUAAUCAAGAUACUUUAUUAAAUUAUUUAUUAAAUCAUCCUUCAAAUUUAAAUAAUCAAGAGAUAAUGUCAAAUAUAAUGACAUUUCUUUUAGCAGGUCAUGAAACAUCAGCUAAUUUAUUAACAUUUACAUUAUAUUUGUUAUCAGUUCAUCAAGAAAUUCAAAAUGAUUUAUUUAAUUCAAUCAAUAAUAAUAAUAAUAAUAACGAUAAUGAUUUAUUGGAAUGGGUAAUUUUAGAAACAUUAAGAUUAUUCCCACCUGCACCAAUGAUUGGUAGAACUGUUAUGAAUGAUGGUACUGUAUUACCUGGAGAUUGGAAACUAAGAAAAGAUAGUUUAAUUUUAAUUUCAGUCUAUGCUCUACAUCGAAAUGAAAAAGUUUAUCCAUCUCCCAACCAAUUUAAUCCAUAUCGUUGGAAAACUUUAAAUCAAUCAACUUUAAAUUCAAAUUUUAUUCCUUUUAGUUCUGGUUCAAGAAUUUAUUAUUAA